AUGUCGUCCUCCACAGCCAGCAGUAUCCCCAAGGCGGGUAUCAGGGACCUUCCCGACGAACUACUUCUUCAAGUCAUUCCUCAUCUAAUAGUCGAGCCGCGCUUCGACCGAAGCGCCUACGGAAAUCUAAUAUCCCUCGCCGCUGCGAACACUCGCUUCCCCGGAGUCAUUCGAACCACCUUUCACGAGCUCAAAGCACUCACUGUUCCCCUUCCAAAAGCAUUCGCCUUGUUUCGAACGCUCCGGGAUUUUCCCGCCAACGAAUGGGCGGAGAGAGUCGAGUCUCUUGAAAUUACAAACUAUGUAUCUCCUGAGGCUCGGAAAGCAGACUAUGGUGGCAAUGAAGAUGGCUGUAUACAAAAGCCUUGGAGCAGUGUCCGUGAACUUCGGCGCAGAUUGCGCGCUGGGCUCCUACGAUACGUGGAUGCGCGACGCCGGUCAAGAAUGCCGUCAAGGCAGUUCGCUAUCGAGACCGAAGUUACUUUCCGAACGGAUUGUCUAAACGUUAUCCGGGACGCUGAAGACGUGAGUAACCACAACAAGCGGAUGUGGGAUAACGCGCUCCGAGCGGGUCACAACAACGCUUUCCUCGCUCUGCUUCUGCUGGUGCUACCAAACCUUGAAGAACUGCUUCUCGGUGGCGGUCAUAUGUUGCACUAUCCGAUGUUGCUCAGGGACGCAGACCCGUGGCAAGGACCAAUGAGCCCGCAGGUUGAUGGGCGACGUCACUGGACCAAUGACCCCUCGACGCAACAACUACGAGAGCACAAGUACCUCGCUCAAGUCUUCGAACCCAAGUACUCUCGCCUCACCAAGCUGGAGCUGCCAUCCUCAUGGAGUGGUAUAACACUCUCUCGGGCUCAACUCAUCUCGCCCAUGUACUACCAUUUCGACGACUUACAGACGUUGAUAAUACCGGAGUCUGCGCUUCCACCUAGUCACGUCGUGCUGGCCAACGGACUCUUAUUCUCGGUACUGCCGGUGAGCCUCAAGUCUUUGACUAUUGUCGACUGUAUGGUUCUCACGUCGGGGUUUGUGAGACGCUUGCUGAACGACACCGUUGUCGAUCCGACCACUUAUCUUCCAGGUCUGCGCUCAAUCAGUGUAUACUACAUCGGCCAGCCCUUCUACACGCUCGAAUACACAGACAUUAUAAGCGCGAAAGCACUCGGAAUUACGAUCGACCGUUUCUUCUUGGACAACGUAAAGCCGAGAACGGAGCUGAUGGCUUCAGAUGUGGGAGGUCAGCCAUGGAAGUUGAGUACGGACGAGGUGUUUGGAAGAGCAAAAAUCCCAGCACUAGAUCGGGGUGUUUGCGAAGUGGCUGGAUAUUGGGUGGGGAGCAAGCGAAGAACGGGUCUUCCUGCUGGUAAAGCGAAGGAACAUUUCCGGAAUCGACGUGGCUAG